AUGUCACGCGCUCAAGCUUCAAAGCACUACGCCCGCAUCCUCUCACAAUGGCCCGUAGACCGUCUGCGCCCUGAAAUCUCCUUUCAAUCCGUCUUGAAGAAGCGUCUUGAAGCUGCACCAGUCGCACAAGUCAAUCAAGCCAACACGGCCCAGACACAAGCACCCAAGGCAAGAAAUGAGCUCCGCGAGAUCAAUGCCUUGUAUUCUCUGCUCGAGAACAGAUAUUCUUCGGCCUACCCUUUGUCAAAUGCUAUGAUGCACCCUGCCUCGGCACCCGAGCAUUACACAACCCUCGUCAAGGAGCUUGACGAAGUCCCCGACCGCACUUUCUUCCAAAGAAUCGCUAGUCGCUUCAAGGGCAUGGUCCGUUUGCAAUAG